AUGAUCUCCUCUUCCUCAACACCAUUCCUAAGUGAUAUCUACCUCAGAAUCAACAUCAUCUUCGGCGAAGAAGUUGCCAUCAAAUUCAAGUCCAUAAAAGCCAAGCACUCCCAGCUCGAGUACAAGCCAAAGGUCUACAAGACCCUUGCUGGCGGUGUUGGCAUUCCCUUCGUACACUGGUUUGGCACCAAGUGCAACUACAAUGCCAUGGUCUUGGACCUUCUUGGACCCUCUCUAGAGGACCUUUUUAAUUUCUGCAAGCGCAAAUUCACCCUCAAGACUGUCUUGCUCCUUGUGGACCAACUUAUCUCCUGUAUCGAGUACAUCCACUCACACAACUUCAUUCACUGGGAUAUCAAGCCAGACAACUUUCUCAUGGGCAUAGGGAAGCAUGGCAAUCAAGUCAAUGUCAUUGACUUUGGUCUCACGAAGAAAUUUCAUGACCCAAAGACUCACUUGCACAUUCCAUACAGGGAAAACAAGAAUUUGACCAGUACCGCUCGCUACACCUCAAUCAACACACAUUUGGGAGUUAAGCACACUCACCAUGAUGACCUCGAGGCAAGAUACUUCUUGUGUGUUGCCCUCCCUUGCCAGGGACUCAAGGCUGCAACUAAAAAGCAGAAGUAUGACAGGAUCAUGGAGAAGAAGAUGACUACUCCCAUCGAUAUCCUUUGCCAUGGCUAUCCCAAUGAGUUCGGCAUUUUCUUGAACUACACUCAUGCGCUUCGCUUUGACGAUGUAAAGAGUUGA